AGCGAUAGAUCGUUGCAACCACGGUAGAAUGCGCGCCUCAGUCGAAGCGCGGACGUUGUUCCGUGCUCUUCCUUUUUCGUUUGUUUUCAUUCGAAUUUAUUUCCAUUUUUACAGGAAAUCGGUUCAUAUUGAAUCCUAGUGAAUCCUUUUUCUUCGAACGCUCAAUUUAACGAGUCUACGAUCGUCCGAGGUAACACCGUUCUAAAAAUGAAUGACGAAGUGGCCAAAACACGACCAAGCAUCAUUAUGCUGGCAUUCUCAACUGUUACACACAUCCUCUUAUUAGCACCAGUAAUAUAUAUAGUGAUUCUGUCCCUUCAACCUUUCAUCUUUUUCUCCUGGCAUGUUAUUUGUUCAACCUUGGGAGUCGGACUUUUGACAAUGGAGGGAAUAUUCUGCGUUUCUGGCGACGCUUACAUGAAUUGGAAGGUAUCCAGGAUGAACAGAGGAUUGAUUCAUUUGUUCCUUAAUCUAAUAGGAUUGCUGCUGGUGUUGAUCGGUAUGGUCAUCAUAAUAAUCGGCAAGAUAGAAUACAAGAAAUCUCACUUCGUCACGCUUCACGGGAUUAUCAGCUUGAUCAGCAUCAUCUUUGCGAUCCUGAUAGCCGCGUCUGGCUUCGUCGUUGUCUUUGACAAAUGUCUGUAUCAUGGUUGUAUCAGACCAAUAAUUCUGAAAAUCAUGCAUUCGUUCGGUGGUAUUUUGGCCGCGAUACUCUUGUUAGCCGGCCUGAUCACCGGGAUUUACACAGGAUGGUGGCCUGGCACUUGCCUUGGAAGAAGCCUGACGGUCGCCUCAUUCGUCAUUGCCGCUUGCUAUAUCUUUUUGAAACCGAUUUUGGGUAUCAUUUCUAGGUGCAGAGUGCUUUUUGAAGGAGUACCUAAUGACAAUGAAAGAGAAUUGAACAAUGAGUAUUGAUUGUGAUUUUGGAAAUGAUUGUUUUAUUGUUUGAUGUUAUUGUUUGAUAUUAUGAUGGAUUAGAUUGGAUAUUGAAAUUUUAUAUUGUAGCUAAUUUUAUAUUGUAUUGUUGAUAUAAGGGACUGUCUUAUUUAAAAUAAGAUAUUUAAUUCUAUCCUUUUGUUGUGAUAGUUCUGAAAGAUAUAGUAUAUAUAUCUUUUUUUCUUUUUUUGUUUUUCAUGCAAUUUGAAUUGUAUGAAAUGAUGAAUAUAUUGUAAAAAAUAUUUUUGUACCACGUUCUUUCUGUCAGAUUUUAAAAUCAUCGUUAUAAUGAUAUUAUAUUUGUACGCUUUAAUAUAAUAUUCAUAUAUAUUAUGCUGUGGUAAUACUAUACAGCAUAGAUAAUACUAUAGAUAAUACUAAUGCACUAUAAUAAUAAUAUCGUGUGCUAUAUUAUACAGAAUAAUAUAAGGUUAAUAAUACAAUAUAUUAUAUUAAUAUUACACUGCAUAAUAGCAAUAAUAACAUACAUCGUGCUAUAAUUGUAUAAUUCGGUAUAUAAUAGUAGUAUUUUGUACUGUAUUAUUAUACAUAAUUAUUCAAUAUAAUACUCUAACAUUGUAUUAUCUAAUGCAGUAUAGUAUGUGGUUAUGCUAUAAUAUAAUAAUAUAAAAUCUUUGUAUAUAUGAUAUAGCAUAAUAUUUUUAAUAUUUAAAACAGAAGGAAACAUUUUCAAACUUUUAUAUAAAAUUAAAGGACUUAAAGAAUAUGAAAUUCUAAUAUUUAAAUAAUAAUGUUGUUGAAAAUUUAUAAACUACAUAUAGUUAGUUGCAAAAAUAUUCAUAUAUUAUUUUAUUAAACAAUUUUGAAAUGUAUUUUGAAAAAUCUGACUUUAAUGAAAAUUUUUGUGUAUAUAAAACAUAGAUUAUAUAACAAUUUAUUUUUCUUGAGUUCGAAAUUAAUCUUCAAGUUUUUAUUAUGUCUUUUUUGUAUAUAAUUUCUGGAAUAUUUUUUCUAUAAUAAUGUUAUAGAGCAUUAAAACUUGAAUACUUUAUUUAAUAAUAAUAUUUAUAUUUUAAUAUUUUAUAUUUUACGAAAUUAUUUUUAAGAAACGAAAAUAGUAUUAAAACUUUACAUUUCUUCCAAAUAAUAUUCUAUUUAAUAAAAAAAUUGCUACAUAUAUGUAUAAAUUAUCAUAGUGUAUAUAUUUUAGUUUAUUUGUUUUGAUAAUACUUUUCAUGAUAAUUUAUUAAUUUAUAAUUGAAUUCAUACAAAGUGUAUGAAUACUUUUACGAUUGACUAUAUAAAUUUUCACUUUUCUAUUGACAAAAAGGAUUUUAUUUUUUCUAAAUAUAUACAUAUAUGUACAAUAAUCAAUAUCAAAAUUUAAAGUAUAUAUUCAAAAACAUAUUCAGAAUUUAUUUAGAAUCCGUUCAAUGAACCAAAUUACGAUUUUCGACCAAGACUUCGAUAAUGACAGAAAUCGAUACGAAAUGUCAUUUUUAUCAGACUAUUUUGUGUCAUUUUGUCACGUAAUUAAAUAAGAUCUGAUCGAAUUAAUCGAAACAUUACUAUCAACCAUUGAACACGUAAUCAAAAUUUUUUUUAAGAGAAUUGAAAAUAUUUUCACAAAGUUCGUACUUUUUAAAAAAAGAAAAUUUUAGAACUCAAAUAUACAUUCCGUCCUUCAAUGAUUGCACAUUUUCUAACGAUCAUUGACAAAUAUUGUAAUUCCUUAGAUAAUCAUUGUAAUAUUUAAGAGGUAUUUAAAUAAUUCAAUUAUUUCGCAUUGAAAUAAAAUUCAAUUCAAAUUUUGAUCUACGAAGUUUAAUGCAAAUUAUGUUGAUUGUAAAAUCACAGUACAAAAGAGUACAAGUUUCAAUUAUUCAUGACAAUUUGAAUAAGCGAUAUUUAUUCCUCUUUAGACAAAUUGAAUGUAUUACGUCCAAGUUUAAUUUCAUUAUUAUUCUAAGUUUUCAAAAAUAAAAAUAAAAAGUUUUAAAAUUCCUAAGAAUAGCAUUUAUCAAAUCUUUAAAAAUAUUUUAAUAAAAAAAGAAAUUCAAAAGUAAAAUUUCACUUAUGUCAUGGCGCUCGAGUCAACAAUCCAAUUUACCUACGGCGAAUCAAUCAAGAAGUAAGAUAUUUGAAAUUAAAUAAUGCAAUGUUAAAUUCGCGAUGAAAACAAUAUUUAUUUCACCGUUGCUGUGUUCAUCGAAUUGUUACAUCUAAAAAAGAAAAAAAUGGGAUGUCGAUGCAAAUGCACGAGAAAAUGCUUGUAUACUCACCGAUAAAACAGAUACAUGUUUAAAAUGUACAAAUAAGUAUUAUUAAAGAAUGUUUAACUGAAAGAAGGGAUUUUAAUAUUAAACUUUAAUUCGCUUAAACGUUUAAUAUAAGUUAGUUUAAAUGAACGAAUAGAGACAGUAGUGGUGGCGUUAUCGUCAACCAUAUAUAUCAACACUUUAUUAAUUACACACGCAUCAUAUACAUAUACAUAGAAUUUACAUAAUGUAUAUAUCUUUCGCAAUGCAAUGUACAUGUAUAUUAAUACAAUUUCUUAUUCUCGAUAUAA